CGACCAGCUCCUCGGGGACGCUGGGGUUUGAACCCAGGUCUGGGGCAGGUCCGCCUGCAGCUCUGAGACCUCCAUCCCUGCACCCGAGAUCUGCAAUCGCGUUGCCAAGAGGUGGGACCGAUCUUCCUGCAAACCUGGGGGGGGUGGGUGUUGUGAGGCUGGCGCGCAGGCAGCAAAGGGGGCGCCGCGUCCAGAAAACCCUCGGAGUGGCAGCACCAGCUUGCCGCCCCAGCUCCCCGCGUCCCCCAAACCGUGCCCCUUACUCCCUGGCGCCCGCCCCCCCCCCCCGCCCCGACCCAGCUCACCAAAUCUCAGCCCCCGCUCCCCGGCCGGCCUCGCCUUCUCCCCGCUCCCCCACUCUCUCAACCCCGAGGUCCUCUCUGCUCCCCAAAUCCCCCGGCGCCACUCCCGGACUGCAUGGCCUGGUUGGGCGCGCAGCUCCUGGCCGCCGCCCUGGGCGCGCUGCUCAGCUUCGCGCUGCUGGCGGCCGCCGUGGCCAGCGACUACUGGUACGUCCUGGAGGUGGCGGACGCCGGCAACAGCACCGGGCGGGCCGCGCGGCUGUCCUCGCACUCGGGGCUCUGGCGCGUCUGUGAAGGGCAAAACAGCUGCAUCCCCCUGAUCGAUCCCUUUACCAGCGGGAACCUGGAUGUCCCCACCUCAGUGCAGCACCUCAUCUCCCUGCACCGAGCUGUCAUGGUGACCCUGCCCCUGAGCCUCGUCCUCGUCGUGUGUGGCUGGAUCUGUGGCCUCUUGGGCUCCCUGACGCGGAGCGUGGUCCUCCUCUUCUUCACCGGCUGCUACUUCUUGUUAGGAGGUGCCCUGACCUUGAUAGGGGUCAGCGUCUACAUCAGCUACUCCCACCUGGCCUUCGCCGAGACCGCCCGCCAGUACGGCCCCCGGCACGUGCAGGACAUCCGCAUCAGCUUCGGCUGGUCUCUAGCCCUGGCCUGGGGCUCCUGCGCCUCCGAGGCACUCAGCGGCUUCCUCCUGCUCGUGGCAGCCCGAGCCCUCAGCCUCAGCGCAGCCGGGGGACCCCCACUCUGUGGUCAUCUGAGUCCCAGAGGGGCAAGUGGCAGGGGCGAGGGACAGAGUUUCCCUUUGCAUCUGCAGGCCUGGCUGGAGAUCUUGUUGGGAGGGGCACCUGCGGGGUGGGGGGCUGGGAGCAGAGCCAAGGAGCCAGGUUCCUGUUGCCUGGCAAAGCCGGAUGUUUUGGGGGCCCCCUGCCCAGUUUAUGCCCUUUAGGGACUAACUG